ACCCCCCCUCCACACUUCCCUGCUCACCCCACGCCGUACAUAAUGGAAUCUACACACGAGAUGUCGGCAGGAAAAUACAUUACCCAACAUCAACUUGUUUGAAACCGUCUGACGAAUCAAUCCGUAUUCACGGACGGAUGCAAGCCACACUCGUGUGGAAUCGAAUCAACAGCAUCAACGACAACCGAGUAAGACGGGGGGCUACGAUCUGUGUCUCGUCUGUUUGGUAGUGUGAGGGGUGUGCACCGCAGCUCAGCAUGGCAAGCCCCCUCUCUCUCUCUCUGUUGUGUGAGGGGUGUGCACCGCAGCUCAGCAUGGCAAGCCCCCUCUCUCUCUCUGUUGUGUGAGACACGUCCACCGCCGUUUCUUUUCUCCUGCCUCCCUCCUCGCCAGGUGUGCUCUGACCUCUGCACCGUCGGCCAGUCCACAAGCAGACUGCGCUAAUCGAUCGUGCAUGAUGCUGCCCGCUCGCCUACAUGGCAGUCGUCACUCUAAAUCCUCGACUUCCCAGCCCGCCUCAACACACACAACAACAACAAUUGAACCCCGUCCCGGUAAAAUCUUGGAGGCCAAGAAUCACCACAUCAAGCAACAUCUCACGCCCCACUGCGUUCGUUCGUUGUGCUGGCCCGCCGUAACUUCGCUCACAUCCUUCACCUCUCCCGGGAUAUCCCAACCUCGGCGUAUGUAUCAUACUGUGAGUGCAUAACGAUUACGCUUCAUCCGAACCCUUUCCCGGACCGUAGUCAGUCCGACUUCUAAUUGCCCAUUGAAAGGGCGCUCCUCCUGCCAGGCAGCCACCGGGGGCGAUGGCAAUGAUAGGUACGGAGACGACACCCGUCUCGAGUCGAGCUGACGAGCCCAUCCCAUCCCUCCCCUCCUCUACAUCCAGGCUUCCGGCCCCUCCCUCCCAGUCCCCUCCAGACGAGCGCACUCUCACGCCCUUCCAAUCAUCGACAAGAUGUGGUAGGACGACGGAGGUCACCCAGGGCCAAACCCGCACAAACCACAGACUACUGUAUCACGCCUGCUUACAUACGGGCAAGGGUGGAUUACCAUAGGUUGCUCUGCUUCUCGACGGGAGAAGAAAACGGCAGCACGAGAGAGAGAGAGUGAAGCGAUUGGCAUCCCCCCGCCCGCCCGAGCUGGGGGGCACUCUCGUCGAUGAUGCUCACACCUUGGGUUGAAUGGGUUCCCGUUGCGCUAAGCAGGGUAGCCGCCUCACCGACCACCCACACUGCCUACCACCACCACCGCUGCCACUACAUACCACCACUACCACCACCCCAUCCCCGCCCCUGUGUAUCCCCGGUGAUGUUUAGGAAAGCGCAGAGUGGAAAGUGCAGAGUCGAAGAGCGAGUACGGAUAUUCCGCGCCGCUGCGAUGCGCCGUACUCUACCCUACUCUAUUCGUUCCUACAACGGGCAAAGCGCCAAGCAAGCGGGUAGGGAUAAGGAUAGGUAGGCACUCUACUCUAGAGUACGGAUGGCUGCGAUGGGCCGCCCUUCGUGCGACGGAUACGCGGAACUGGAACGGCCCGCAAUUCCGAGUGACAGGGCGUGACCAGAGGCCGGCCGGGCGACGGCGAUGGCGUUCGGGACCGUGCGACUGUGCGGUGAGGUGCGGUGUGAUGAUAAGGCGGGAUAGGGAGGGCGCUUCAUCUUUCGUC